GCUACUGGAAGGAAGACGGCACGGCCAUGGCUGCAGCCGCUCGCGCCCGUGUCGCGCACUUGCUGAGGCAACUGCAGCGAGCAGCAUGCCGGUGCCCAACUCAUUCUCAUACUUACUCCCAAGCUCCUGGAUUUGCACCUUCUGGGAAAUCAACAGAUUAUGCCUUUGAGAUGGCCAUUUCAAAUAUUAGAUACGGAGCAGGAGUUACAAAGGAAGUGGGAAUGGACCUACAAAACAUGGGUGCUAAAAAUGUGUGUUUGAUGACAGAUAAGAACCUCUCCCAGCUCCCUCCCGUACAAAUGGUUAUGGAUUCCCUAGUGAAGAAUGGCAUAAAUUUUAAGGUUUAUGAUAAUGUGAGGGUGGAACCAACUGAUAGAAGCUUCAUGGAAGCUAUUGAGUUUGUCAAAAGGGGAGCUUUUGAUGCCUACGUUGCUGUCGGUGGCGGCUCCACCAUGGACACCUGUAAAGCCGCUAAUCUGUAUGCGUCCAGCCCUCACUCUGAUUUCCUAGAUUAUGUCAAUGCCCCCAUUGGGAAGGGAAAGCCUGUGUCUGUGCCUCUGAAGCCUCUGAUUGCAGUCCCAACUACCUCAGGAACUGGGAGUGAAACUACGGGAGUUGCCAUCUUUGACUAUGAACACUUGAAAGUAAAAACUGGCAUUGCUUCCCGAGCCAUCAAACCCACACUGGGACUGAUCGAUCCUCUGCACACCCUGCACAUGCCUGACCGGGUGGUUGCCAACAGUGGCUUCGAUGUGCUUUGCCAUGCCCUGGAGUCCUACACUGCCCUCCCCUACCACAUGCGGAGCCCCUGCCCUUCAAAUCCUAUCACCCGGCCAGCAUACCAGGGCAGCAACCCAAUCAGCGACAUUUGGGCAGUCCAUGCACUUCGGAUCGUCGCUAAGUAUCUGAAGAGGGCUGUCAGAAACCCUGACGAUCUUGAAGCGAGGUCUAAUAUGCACUUGGCAAGUGCUUUUGCUGGCAUUGGCUUUGGAAAUGCUGGUGUUCAUCUGUGCCAUGGAAUGUCUUACCCAAUUUCAGGCUUAGUGAAGACAUACAAAGCAAAGGAUUAUAAUGUGGAUCACCCACUGGUGCCUCAUGGCCUUUCUGUGGUACUCACCUCCCCAGCGGUAUUCACUUUCACAGCACAGAUGUCUCCUGAACGGCACCUGGAAACAGCAGAAAUACUGGGAGCUGACACCUGCACUGCCAGGAUCCCAGAUGCUGGGCCUAUUUUGGCAGACACACUCCGGAAAUUCUUAUUCGAUCUGGAUGUUGAUGAUGGCCUCGCUGCCAUUGGUUACUCCAGCGCCGAUAUCCCUGCAUUAGUGAAAGGAACGCUGCCCCAGGAAAGGGUCACCAAGCUUGCACCACGCCCUCAGUCAGAAGAGGAUCUGUCUGCUCUGUUUGAAGCUUCAAUGAAAUUGUAUUAAUAUUCAUUCUUACUGAAAGAAUUACCACUGGCCAUCAUAGUCCUGACAAGAGAAGCCAAGCUAGCCAGAACUUUGUCUUUUCAUCUCCACAUAUAACAUACCUGUUACCAGUCUGAAUGUGUUAUAAAUUUAUCCUGCAGAAGAUUCCCUGAUGCUCAAAGUCAAGCUACUUCCAUAAAAUAGUGGGAAAAUACCCACUAUGUCGGACCUUGAGCGAGACUUUAGGGAUCCGUGUUCCUGUCCCAAACCCCACAGAUUGCCACUGCUCUAUUUAUCAAAUGGGCAAAAACUCAGUAUCUAUCAAAAACAUAAAUGCACAUAUCCUAUGCCCAGUAAUCCCCAGUCUAGAAAUUUAUCCUAUAGAAAUACUAGCACAAGUGUGUUAAGAAAUAUGGCAAGGAUAAACAAAUAAUACAUUAUGUUAAAAAAAAAGAGAGAGAGAGAGAAGAAGAAGAUAGUAGGAAGGGGAAAAUGAAGGGGGGAAAAUCGGAGGGGGAGACAAGCCAUGAGAGCCUAUGGACUCUGAGAAACAAACUGAGGGUUCUAGAGGGGAGAGGGGUGGGAGGAUGGGUUAGCCUCGUGAUGGGUAUUAAAGAGGGCACAUAUUGAAUGGAGCACUGCAUGUUAUACGCAAUGAAUCAUGGAACACUACAUCAAAAACUAAUGAUGUAAUGUAUGCUGACUAACAAAGUUAAAAAAAAAAGAAAUAUGGCAAGGAUGUUUCUGGCAGCACAUUUCCUAAUAAAAAAUCUGAAAGAACCUAAAUAUUCAUUAAUAGUAUAGAGAUAAAUAAAUCAUAGUAUAUUAAAUAAUGGAAUGCCAUAGUGCUAUAAGAAUGAGAUAAAUCUAUUGGAAAUAUGCCCAUGAUAUACUGCUAAAUUGGAAAAAAGCAGAACAAUUAUAUAUUUGUAUGGUCUGAUUUUUACUUAUUAAAUUAUAUAUAAAUAUAUGUCUAGAGAGAGAAAGGAUACACAUCAAAAUAUUAAAAGUUAUCACUGGAGGGGCGCCUGGGUGGCUCAGUCAGUUAAGCGUCUGCCUUCGGCUCAGGUCGUGAUUCCAGGGUCCUGGGAUCGAGCCCCACAUCAGACUCCUUGCUCAGCAGGGAGCCUGCUUCUCCCCUGCCUGCUGUUCCCCCUGCUUGUGCUUGCUCUCUCUUUCUCUCUCUCUCUCUCUCGUUCUGUGUCAAAUAAAUAAAAAAUCUUUGGAAAAAAAAUAAAAGUUAUCACUGGAGAAAUGGACUUUGGGGUAUAGAGAAUUAAGAGAAAAUAUUUCACUUUAUAUUUUAUACUUCCCAUUUUUAUUUCAUAAACAUCUGUAUUGUUUGGAUUUGUUACAAGCCCAUAUUUUCUGAUUUUAAAAGGGCCAAAAAAAAUAAAGGGGCCAGAGAACAGAGAAAAAUACCACUUUAUUGUUUUAGGUCAGAUUCAUCUUAAUUUAUAAAAAUACUAAUAACUAAUAUUUAAAGAUUAAAAUAGACCCAAAGAGGUAAAAUAUUAGGGACUGAUCCUCAAGUAAAUAGUUCUUUUGAGAAAAACACUAACAUCCUACAUGGUAAUUCCCUCUUUGGAAAGAUGUGUUCGGUGCUCAAAAUAAAUUAACUCAAAAGCAAGCAGUGUUGUAGUUUAUAGACUUCAGCCUUGCAAGUAGAAUCUAAGUAGCAUAAUCUCUGUUAUCCCCAGCCUGCAAAAAUUUCUACAGCUCAUUUCUCCUCAUAAACGUUACCACACUGAUUUUUUUUUUUGCCUGCUCCAGCUUUGGAAGUCUGGAUCUCAGUGUACUUGUGGAUUUAUUCAUGUUUUAAACUGAAUUAAAGUUUUAAUUGAAUAAGUAAUGUAUAUAUAAUUACAUCAGGAUUUUAAAAAACGGAAGAGAAGUGCAUUACUUGCCUUCAAACUGGCCAGGCCCACUUUAUCUGUAUCAAGGUCUUUAUUUCCUUGAGAUCUUUUAAAUAACAUUGAGAUAAUGUUUAUAGAGGUUUCUCUAACUUUAUAAACAUAAAAUGUGGUCAGUACCAAAAACUGGUAAUACAAACACAAAAGAAAAUAUCUGAUCAUAUUGCACCAUCCAGAAGACAGCCACUAUUAAAAAUUUGGUUUAUGUUUUUUUAUUAUAUGCAUGAAUAUAUUUUUGACAUGGAAAUGAUAUCAUUAGGGUAUAGUUUUAAUUCCUACAGAACAUUCAAAUUAUUUAUACCAAGUACCCAAAAGGCAAGCUUAGGACAGUACCAAAAGAAUUUCAGUUAUAUCUUACAGACCACAUCUAGCUAAAAUUCCCUCCAGCAUUUCAAGAGUAUCAUGGGUUUUGAAAGCAGAAGCUGUGUGAUUGAGCGUACAGCUAAACUCUCUGCCAGUCUGAGAUCCUUCAGGAAACUUUAGUAAAAGUUGUUAAUGUCUCAAAAUACAUUUGGCACAGCAAAAACGUAUGUGUCUCCCCAUCAACCCACCCUCCCAAAAAGUCCAGGUAAGUUCUAGAAAUUCUACAAGGUGAUGUAGCAUCAUUAGAACGGCAUUAGAUUAGGGGUCAAGGGCCGUGGGCUCCACUCCAGUCCCUUAGUCUUUCUUGGGCUUUACUGUAUUCAACCAAGGCCUCUUCCACUUUGAAAAUGCUAUGCCUAGAUUUUAUGUACUCCAUAGUCCUUAAUGUGUGAUUUUGAGUUUGGGAAAUGUAAUGUAAAAUAAUUUGAGACAUAAAAAUGCAUUCUUGAUCUCUCUUAAAUGUUCGAUGCCUUUACUACCAGUAGCCAGAUGUCUAAAUGUGACUCACCCGGAGGAGUGUUUGGUAUUCAUACUGAUGAUGACUCUGUAGAGAAGGAUUUAAAGGUCAGGCAUGAAGAAACAGAUUUAGGAAGGCUUCAUGUUUUUUAUCUUAAUACCCAUCAUGUUGGUCCUUACAAUUUGAGAAUAUGGAAAAGAUGUGUUUCUUGACUUACCAGCUAUUAAAAGAAUGUGAGAUAAGAAAUUCAGCCCAUUUCUGUAAACCAAACACUUCGAUAUUUCUGAGACAAGUGCAUUUUUCUAAGUCAAAUCCUAUUUUUUAUUGAUUACCUUUAAAAGACCAAAAAGUUUUCAAGGGUUAUAGCU